AUGCCGGACAGAAAGCCUCUACGCACCGCCAACCCAGACAACUCUAUAUGGAAAGGUCUCUCAGAGGAUGCUUUUCGUCGAACUAUCAUUGCCCUAUCCAGAGCCACGGGCGGCGUUCCGGUUGACUCAAAAGACUGGUGGUCAACUACUGAUCAUGAAGAGAGUCUGCCCCCUUCAACGACAAUUCGCUUGCUUCCGUACCAGACUGAGCAAAGACUAGCUGAUGAUCUUGCAUUCAUAUCAGCUGCCCAAGAAGGAGUAGAGAGCGUGGCGGCUGCGUGCGUUGAGGAGAUUCGUGAGCCUCCGGGACUUAUCUUUCGUGUCGCUGCAAACGAAGGGAUACGCGAAGAGAUCAGGACUGCCUUGGAACAAAUCUGCGCUUGUCUGAUGUCUUGUGCGUCAACUGAUAUCUCGCUGGUCGAGUGCAUUUCGACAACCAGAAGAUUAGUACUCGCAUUCUGCCAUGUGCGGAUCAUCUCACGAAUGCGGCUGUUUCUUGGAUAUCAACCUUCACACCAUCACGGUGCGGCCAUGAACGCCGGUCCAAAACUCGAGAACACUCUGAGCCGGAUGCGAAGCACGGCGACAACGGCGACUGCCGUAGGCCUAGUGAACCGAAUAACCAAGCUGAGAGCGAAAUUCCAGAAUAUCCUACGCUUAGAUAACCUGCAGGCGGCUCAAGAGCUAGAGGAGUGUGUUCAUGAGUGCUUUUCUAUCACCACUGACAACGGUCGUACUCCAUUUCGAACCACCUUACACGAAGCCGAACUCGACUCUCGUGCGUGGUUCAACAAUAAAUUUAUGAUGCAAAUCGACAAGCUCGGUGCAUAUUACAGGAUUCCUGAGACUCUGUCCAGAGAAGCUCGCAGAAAAGGAAUGAGACCCCUUUUCUCAAGGAUUAGGCUCGAGUAUAUUGCUCCAUACCGACCAGCAAAAAGCUCUAUAUCACUUUCGGGCGAGAAGGUUUAUUGUCACGUACACGCAGAAGUGCAGAUGGUCAUUCAUUACAUCCUCAAAGCCACGGGGCCUAGGCCUCGGAUUAUUGGGACAAGCAAAGCAGCUUGUUUUCUCUGCCAUCUAUUCAUUACCGAACACAAGGUUUUCGCCGUAUCAGCAUGGCAUGGGCGUCUUUACGAUCAGUGGACUAUUCCAGACCUCAAGGAAUAUAGUCCCGCGAAUAUCACUGCAUUGAGGGCAACCAUACAAGAAAUGCACCGUAAAUGCACUCAACUUAUCUCCACGAGGAGUCCUUUGCGUCCUUACCCACUGACUAGCAGGCACAAUCUGCAGCAUCUUCCCACUUUCUCACCCGCGUCAACAAUCCACAACGUGAGACUUGACCAGGCGCAAAGGCUGAGCAGGCCCGUUUCGACAGUUGCGGAGGGAGUCGAGGUCAAUGGUCCUUGCAUUCACACAUCCGGGUCAUCUGCUUCAUCAAUUGUCCCUGAACAAGACGCCAGCGAAUUACCAUCAUCUGCGGACGGUUCUGCGGCACCUAGUCGGUCGAAUGAUGUACCCAUUUCAGAAAUCGCUGUCGAAAGCAACGAAGUCAGGACUCCGGUACCACAAAACCGCGCACUUAGUGAUUGGCACCAAAGGAUCGACUCAAGAGAAUCAACUUCUUCUACAGGGAUCUUACACCUCCGUCCUGGCAGGCCUCGGUUUAUUGAGUUGCCGCGUAUUAAUAUUCUUGCGGAGAUAGAGUCACCAUCCAAAGGGAUAAUCGCAUUGAAGGACAACGACAUGAAUAUACCUUCUGGAAGUCGGGUGGUCAAUCUGGAAGACCUUGGUGAAGUGCAUGAGACCAUCCUCGAAAAAAGAGAUUCCGAGUCUUCCAUUGUGCUGCAGUUCCAGAAAGGCGGCAUCAACGUCUGUUGUGUAGCCCUGGAAUGGAUAUGA